AUGAAUGCCAAAAUCAUGGGAUCAGGUAAAGAAACACUAGUUUUGGCACAUGGGUUCGGAGCAGACCAGUCCAUUUGGGACAAAAUAUUGCCUUAUUUGGCUGAUCGUUACCAAGUUGUAGUCUUCGACUGGUGUUUUUCUGGUGCGGUGAAAGAUCCCGACCUCUAUGAUGCUGCCAAAUACUCUACUUACGAUGCUUUUGCUGAUGACUUAAUUUGUCUUUUGGAAGAGAUGAAGGUGAAAUCCUCAGUGUUUGUUGGACACUCCAUGUCUGGUAUGAUUGGAUGCAUUACUUCAAUAAAAAGACCUGAUCUCUUCCACAAGCUCAUACUAGUUGCAACCUCUCCUAGGUUUAUAAACUUAGAAGACUAUGAAGGCGGCUUUGAACUAUCAGGUGUUGAGCAGAUAUUCUCAAGUAUUGAAUCCAACUACGAGGAAUGGACUUCAAGCUUUGCUGCUCUUGUAGUCGAUCCAAUUGAUCCUGGAUCUGUUGAAAAGUUUGAGAAAUCUUUGAAACGAUUGAGACCUGAAGUUGCACUCACCUUGUCUAAAACUGUUUUCUUGAUGGAUUACCGGGACAUGCUUGAGAAAGUAACAACCCCGUGUUAUAUCAUUCAAACAAGAAAUGACAUUGUUGUUCCAAACUCUGUGCCUAAAUACAUGCAGAACAAAAUCAAGGGUGAAAGCAAGGUGGAGAUUAUCGACACCACAGGUCAUUUUCCUCAAUUAACUGCGCAUCACGAGUUCAUGGAAGUGAUUGAUGCAUUCUUGGCAGAUAAAUAA